AUGACAGCCACUUCUUCUGUGGCCCCGGCCGCCUCUCCUGCCCGACCGCCGGCCCCACGACCCAAGUCGGUGACCUUUGAUACUGAACCGUCGCUCUCUACUGCCGUCGCUUCUACUGCUGCCCCUCCACGUCGUUCAACGCGCUCUAACACGAUCGACCCCUUAUCUGAUCGAGCAACUUCACUUUUGAUACGCAGGACGUUGUGUUCUCCUCAGCUCGGCGAUAAGAACCGCGAUGCGCAAGUGCCCAUUGACGAGCUGCUUCCUCCUUUGACCAGUCGCAACGAUGUCGACCUCCAGCUAUACGCAGUUCUCGCUAUCGUACUAAGAGAGUUUGUUCAAAGCUGGUACAAUAAAAUCACGACAGACGAGAACUUUGUCGCAGAAGUCUUGCACAUCAUCGCUCAUUGUUCGCGAGCACUGGAGCAGCGCUUCCGCAAGGUUGAUCUGGAAACUUUGGUUUUGGACGAGAUACCCGACUUGCUGGACAAGCAUAUCACUUCAUACCGAAUCUCUCACAGUACUAUUUCAAGGCCCCCUGUGGAGGUAGAUCCCCGAGAGGCAUACCACGCUUUAUGUCCUCUUCCGCACCUAGCGCCAGUGCCUCGCUUAGACAAACCAGACACAAUAUCCGACCAAGCUGGGAACGAAGCGUUAUAUCGACAGCUGCUAGUCCAAGGCAUCCUCGCCAUUCUCUUGCCCACGGAAGACCUCGAGAACCCAUGUCUCACGAGUCUCGUCGAACAAAUCUUCUCCGAGCUCAUAAUUGGCAACAUCAUAGCUAAUAAGGCUUCACAGCCGUGGAUGUUAUACGAGGGCAUCUGUAUCACAGCCAGGGUUUUGCGCCAAAAGAAGGAUGAUGGGCCGUCGGCUGCAGGAACCCACAAGGAAACUUCUGAGUCAAAGCUUGAAGUCAAGGGUCGUCGCGCUUGGUCUGUGAGAUCUUCUGUAAGGUCCGUUUUUCUCGGCGUUAUCCAACUUGGAAUGAUAGUAGUUGCUUCACUCCGAUUUAUCAGUACUGCCCUGGUGAUGGCUUCAUCCCUACCUGCUAGAACGACACCCAUGAACGAAAAGGAAGUAUCGUUGGAUCAGGAUAAACAGUCCAGCGUCUCAUCGAGCCACGAGUCAGCCGACUACAUUAAAGCGCCUAUCCUAUCAUGUCGAGUAUGGACAUGCCUUGGAAAUUUGCUUGAGCUGAGCUUGCGCAUGCCUUGGCUCGAUGGAUUUUUGUCACUUUUACAGUACGGCGCGGUCAACGGACCUGGACGAAUCGCUGGCCAUGAUGGCCCUGUUGACAGGCUCCUCUCUCAUCAUAUCAGUUCUCUCUUCUCUCCCUCGAACCUGCCCCCUCUUCUGCGUACACUUCGCGGCGUUCUCUUCCCCAAUAAUGCCCCCGGUAAGGCAUCUCUUUUCCCACCAUCUUCCGAAGCCGAGCUACACGCCCUGCGUCGAAGAGCCGCUAAGUCACUUUGGGAGUUGCUACCGAAGGGUGUGGGAAGACUUUAUUUCGGCGGUCGCUUAUGGCGGCGAGAUACGAAGGCCGAGGGCGAUCCAUCGGAUGACGAAGAUCUUGUGGAUGAGAUGGAGCGGCUUCUCCUUGUACUGGAUGACGAGUACUGUAAUAAGCAUCUCAUGUACAGCAUUCUCGAAUUGGUACUUGCUAGAUUGAUGCCCGAGCUUACCGAGAAGGGCGUGACAGAAUUGUGGGAAGAAAGACUUGGUUGA